GGCUCUCUUGGCAGUCACCAUGAGGGCGCUGCUCCUGCUCUGCUGCUGCCUGGCCUCGCUGCUGCUUUCAGGACAAGCAGAACUGCAAGUCUCUGCUUCGGGUGGCACAGAAGAUGUUGGCAAUUUGUUGGAGAAUCAUUUCUCUGCUGGAGAUGCAAGUCUAGAGGAGAAAGAAAGGGCGCUUUAUGCAGAUGCGGCCCCUGGAGACAAGACCCUGCUCCUUCACUACCCAGACGGCAGGGAGGCUGAGAGCUUGGAGCAGACCCCAGCAGGGGCCCCUUCCACUGCCAACGGCCAGGGCUCCGAAUCGGAAGCUAGCCUGUCCAAUACCUCAGCUGCAGAGUCAGCUCCAUCUGGGGAUGCUGAAGGGCCUGGGGAGGAAGAGAAGGGCCCAGCAGCAGCAGCAGCAGCAGACACCCUUCCUUCAGGAGGGGUGGGGGGGCCAGAAGAAGAGAGGCCAGAGUCCAGUUCUGGAGCGGAACCGGGACAGGACGGGGCUGUCAGUAUGGGGGCAGAAGUACGAGAGGGAAGUAGUGAGGUCCCUGAGGGUCCCCAGGGAACCUUAGGAGAUAGCCCCAUGAGAGAAGCAGCAGCAGGGACAACAGAGUCUGCAGCCACCCAGGGGUCUCCUAGCACAGAGGGUGAAGAGGUCUAUACACUGGAGGCAAAAGGUGAGGGCAACACAGGGUAUGGUCACCACUCCACAGAGCUAGAUGGAGUCCAGGAUGCCACAUAUGCUGGAGAUGAACCAGAGGCUGCCAUGGCAGCAGGAGCCAGAGAGGGAGCAGAGGACCAGCCCCAGGGCUAUGCCCUGCCAUCAGACGAUGAAGCCAUGGCAGGGCCUGGUCACCAGCCCACUGACCUGGAUGUAGUCUCCGCCAGCAUGUCUUCUGGAGUAGAGGCAGAAGGAGCUGCAGAAGGAGCAGUUGACCAGGGUCAAGUCUAUGCCUCUCAAAAAGAAGUUGAGGCUAGCCCAGGACCUGGUCACCAGCCUACAGAGGUAGUUCCAGCCCCGGAUGCCACAUCUGCUGGAGAAGAAUCAAAGGCUGAGGUAGAUACAGAAGCUGGGGAGGAGGCCGAGGACCAAGGGGAGCCUAGACCUAGCCAGGAGGCUGGCUCGGCUACAGAGGCCAAUGAAAAAUCUGGGGACACCCAGAGCUCCAAGGACAGGGAGACAGAGACGUACCCUCCUGAGGGCCAGGUAUCGGGGAUGCUUGAGGAAGGCCUGGCAGAGGCCUCCUCUGAGGAAGAGGGUGAUGAGGAAGGAGGAAGUGAGGAAGGAGGAGCUCCAUCUAAAGAAGAGUCUGAAGAAGACAGCGGUGAUGGUGCUAGCUCAGAAGAAGAGGGGGACAUCUCCGGGGAGGCUGGAGAGCCCCAGAAAGCAGCAGAGACUACAGAACACAAGGCGGAAGGCACCCAGCUUGAUGUAGAAGAUUUGGACACAGGGUCUGAGGGCGGCAAGACCCAGGAUACAGUGGCGGAGGCGUCCAAAGAGAGACAACAGGGGAGAGGGAAUCCUGUGAUUGCUCAUCAGGAAGAGACGGAGGAUGUGAGUGAAGAGGCUCCCAUGAGGGACCGCUCCCAUAUUGAGAAAACCCUGAUGCUGAAUGAGGACAAGCCAGCUGACGAUUACACAGCGGUGCUGCAGCGGCUGCGGAAGAUCUACCAUACAUCCAUCAAGCCCCUGGAGCAGUCUUACAAGUACAAUGAGCUGCGACAGCAUGAGAUCACAGAUGGGGAGAUUACUUCCAAGCCAAUGGUGCUGUUCCUGGGACCGUGGAGCGUUGGCAAAUCCACCAUGAUAAACUACCUCCUUGGGUUAGAAGACACUCGUUACCAGCUUUAUACAGGUGCUGAACCUACCACCUCCGAGUUCACUGUUCUUAUGCAUGGGCCCAAGCUGAAAACCAUUGAGGGCAUCGUCAUGGCCGCUGACAGUGCCCGAUCCUUCUCACCCCUGGAAAAGUUUGGCCAGAAUUUUCUGGAGAAGCUGAUUGGCAUCGAGGUUCCCCACAAACUUCUAGAACGAGUCACUUUUGUAGAUACACCAGGCAUUAUUGAAAACCGCAAACAACAGGAAAGAGGCUACCCCUUCAAUGAUGUGUGCCAGUGGUUCAUCGACAGAGCAGACCUCAUCUUUGUUGUCUUUGAUCCCACCAAGUUGGAUGUGGGUCUGGAGCUAGAGACACUCUUCCGCCAGUUGAAGGGACGUGAGUCCCAGAUAAGGAUAAUUUUGAACAAGGCUGACAACCUGGCCACACAAAUGCUCAUGCGGGUGUAUGGAGCUCUCUUCUGGAGCCUGGCCCCUCUCAUCAAUGUCACAGAGCCUCCACGGGUUUAUGUCAGCUCCUUCUGGCCACAGGACUACAAACCUGACACCCACCGGGAACUGUUCCUCAAAGAAGAGAUCUCUCUCCUAGAAGACCUGAACCAGGUGAUUGAGAACAGGUUAGAGAACAAGAUUGCUUUUAUUCGCCAGCAUGCCAUCCGUGUCCGAAUUCACGCCCUUUUAGUUGACCGAUAUCUGCAGACUUACAAGGACAAAAUGACCUUCUUCAGUGAUGGGGAACUGGUCUUUAAGGACAUUGUGGAAGAUCCUGAUAAAUUCUACAUUUUCAAGACCAUCCUGGCAAAGACCAAUGUCAGCAAGUUUGAUCUUCCCAACCGUGAGGCCUACAAGGACUUCUUUGGCAUCAACCCCAUUUCCAAUUUCAAACUCCUCUCCCAGCAGUGUUCUUACAUGGGGGGUUGCUUCCUGGAGAAGAUUGAACGGGCCAUCACCCAGGAGCUCCCCGGCCUUCUGGGUAGCCUUGGGCUUGGGAAGAAUCCAGGUGCCCCUAAUUGUGACAAAACAGGCUGCGGUGAGGCCCCAAAGAAUCGCUACAGGAAGCACUAGUUUGUGUCACCACUCUCAGUCCCCAUUGGUGAAUGAGCUUGUGUUCUAACUGUCUGAGCAGUCCUGGUUUAUAUUAACCCUUUGAGCCACACUGGUGACAAACAGUCUGCACUGGAGAUUGGGGAGUUCAUUGAGACCGGUGAAUCAGGGAAGGAACAAGGGUUCUAGGGAGGAGAGUGGAAACUGUGAAUUAUAGUGUGCUUGUCUUAUUGCUUCAGUUAGAAGGCCUGACACAGGCUAGUCAGGCUUCUCUUGUUUUUCUUGGGUCUUGUCUUGGAGGGACAGAGAACAGCUAACUUCUAAUGAAUACUAAGAUAAUGAGGGUCAGAUAAGCUAAACUCAGUUGAAAUUUCCCAAAUAAUAGAGGGUUCUCAGGUCAGUGCCAACUCCUUUCACACAAAUCUUCUGUCCAUUCCCUGUCCCUCCUUGGCUCUCUCCUAAGCUUGGGUUGAUUUUCAGCAGUGGACAGUCUCUUGAGUCUGAUCUUUAUGAAUUUUGAGCCCAACCUUGGAAUCGUCUCUCUGUCUUCCCAGUGGGUAGGGCAUGCAGAACACUAAAGCAAGUUUUCUGAUUAGGGUGUUAUCUGCCUAAUGAUGUCUCAGUUGGAGAGCUCAGACCCUUAAUCGGCCCAAAAGGGUGAGUGGAUGAUGUACUCAAUAGGUGCUCUUCCUCCUGGAAAUGACUUACAUGAAAGUAAUGGAAGGGCUCAGGGGUUAAUUGGUUUGCAGUGUGUCUUUAUCUGUUGCAUGUCUCGGGAAACUCAGAUUACAAAGGUGUGGGUGUCAGAAAUGACAAUGGGGACCUUGCCCCUGAUCCUUGGAGGCUUCUCUGGACAGCCACUUCUCCCAAGUUUUGGGGGGAACUGUUUCUGCAACCUCUUUGUGGGAGCACUUGACAGAGGACAUGUCUCUUUUGGUUUCUCCUUCCCCUUCUCCAUUCCCUGAUACACCAAUACUUCCAUCUGAGAGAAAUUCCUAGAUUCAGAACCAGCCCCAGCCCCUUGGCAUUGGCGGCAGACGAGGUCUGAGGUUCAGUUCAACCUGAAGACAUCCACUGAAUAUAGUCAGGACAGUCAGGGCCUACACACACCAGUGAGUAUGCAUUUGUUUGUCCAUUGUACAAGAGAGAGCUAGGACAAUGACAGACUUGAGGGCACAGAGAAAGGACUUCUGAGAGUCUUGCCUGGCAGACAUACGCUGCUAUCUUAGAGAUGAAGCCCUGGGAGGAUGAAGAGCCUUUUUGACGGAGCAGGAAAGGCAAAGAUCAGACUGUCUUGAGGACUUCCUUUGAGUACAGCCAGCUGCUUUUUUGGGGGGAGUAAGCUUUCCUGGGGGGCCUGGAUUGUGAGGCACAGGUCGGGACCCACCAGGACCAGUGAGUCACCUCGAGCAGCAGGAAGUGGUUAGGAAAGCUGAGCCAGAGUUGUUCCUCCUGAGGACCAGGUAGGGAGUAUAAGCAGACUGGUAAUCAGUGGGGGCUACAAAGAGAACUUCAGUUUAGGAGUUCACGUCUCUCUGAAUAUUUAGCAGUCUGGCUCUGGCUGUGAGGGAAGAUGCUGCUUUAGCUCUAUGUAGGGCGCAGGACCUCCCACAAGUCAAAUGCUCCAAAGCUGCCAGGACACUGUUUCCAAGGAGUGAGCUCCUUCUAUAGGGUCACCCAUGGAGCCCUGUGGCUCGGGUAGAUAAGCUGCAGUUUGUCUUGGAUUUUUUUCCCAUUAAAAUAUACAUCCAGCCCCCAAACGCCUCUCCUCAUCUCUCCAUCACAUGCUCUGGAGACACUGUCCCUCCCACCUUUCUCCUUCAUGCUCCUCAUGCCCAAGGGCUUUGUACAGCAAAUCUGUUUUUCCUCAUUGCAGUGAGAGACAAGGAGAAAAGCUGACCUGUACGGACUCUGGCCUAGCUGUCAGUACCUGCAUGUUUGGUGGGAAGCAAGUGAAGUAAGGCAAACAAAUUCAUACAGCAUUUGUGUUUGGGGGAGGGGCACCUUAUCAGUGUUACCCUCCUUUUGGGUUUUCCUCUGCCUUUUUCUUCUUUGUCUCCAUUCUGUUCCUCUUCUCACCUCCCAAUUCACUCUCCUCUCCUAUCCAUGGGCUGCUGAUGGGCCAGCACAGGGCUUAGCACCCAUUCUUUGUCCUGCUCUGUAGGGAGAUGGAUUUUGAGUAGGAUUCUGACUCUAGGAGGAGGGGGUUUCAUCCCAGGAGAAACAUGAGAUCCAGAGGUUUCCCGAGUGGAAUGCUCGUGUAGGUGCCUAAACAGUGGCUGACCUUUCCAGUGUUCUUUCCAGUCUGGUUUUAUCAGGGAGAAGGUCUCAAUAAAGUUCCAAUCUCUCUUCAA